GCUCCGGCGCACUGUUGCUGCGCUCUCUUCCGCCUGUGGUGGUGUUGGUGUUGUUUGGAAAUCCAUUUAUCUUAAUGUUUAAGCUGUUGUUACAGAAAGGAUCGCGCCCAUGCAGAUCAUUGCAGUGAGGAGGGAGCAUGUGCGGAGAUUCGGACUCUUGCUUCUGAUUGUAGUGCUUCUGGUUUUGUACAGAUUCAGGUUCCACUGGGUAAAGCUCACUCCAAAAAAAAUGCAGAGCAGAAAUUUGGGAUUGCAGGCCAACAAAGAAUACUUCCAGUUGGAGGAAGAGAAGUUUUUAAUUCUGGGUGGCUCAAUGCACUAUUUUCGCAUUCCACGGGCCUACUGGACUGACCGAAUGUUGAAGAUGAAAGCCAUGGGAUUGAAUACUUUAACAACAUAUGUUCCGUGGAAUCUUCAUGAGCCACAGAGGGGGACAUUUAAUUUUAAAAGUGAUCUUGAUCUUGAGGCAUAUCUCAAAUUAGCCAAUGAUUUGGAUUUAUGGGUAAUAUUGCGCCCAGGAGCUUAUAUCUGCUCAGAGUGGGACCUUGGUGGUUUGCCCAGUUGGCUGCUCAGAGACAAGAACAUGAAACUGCGCACAACUUAUCCUGGGUUUACUGAUGCAGUAGAUGCUUUUUUCAAUGUGCUAAUUCCUAAAGUCCUCCCCUUUCAGUACAAACGGGGAGGUCCAAUUAUUGCUGUACAAGUAGAAAAUGAAUAUGGUGGCUACGCCAAAGAUGAUAAGUACAUGGAAUAUGUAAAGGAGGCCUUGUUGAGCAGAGGAAUAGUGGAAUUAUUGAUGACUUCUGACAACAAGGAUGGAUUAAGCAAAGGAUCCAUUGCAGGAGCUUUACCAACUUUCAACUUUCAGAAGCUGGAAUCUGGACUAGCAUUAAUGAAAGAUCUGGACCCUGCCAAGCCCAAGAUGGUAAUGGAAUACUGGAGUGGCUGGUUUGACCACUGGGGCAGUACUCAUCACAUCUAUCGGGAAGGAAUAUUGAAUACCAUUGAGGCUGUUUUAAGCAAAGGAGUUUCUAUCAAUCUCUAUAUGUUUCACGGUGGGACUAACUUUGGCUUUAUGAAUGGUGCUCAGGAUUUUGGCAGCUAUAUUGCUGAUGUCACCAGUUAUGAUUAUGAUGCACCCUUGUCUGAAGCAGGAGAUUACACAGAGAAAUACGUGCAAAUUCGGAAACUCUACAGCAAGUAUUUGGGUGAAGAAUUACCUGAAAUGCCACCUAUGAUGAAAAAGCAACGAUAUGCUCCUAUUCAAUCAAAGGAAUACAUUUCAUUAUGGGAUGCACUCGGUCAGGUAGAAAAGCCAAUCAGGAGUGAAAGACCAAUCAAUAUGGAGAACCUGCCAAUAAACAAUGGAAGUGGGCAGUCCUACGGAUACACAUUAUAUACUACAGUAAUAAGUAGUGGUGGAGUACUACAUGCUGGCCAGAAUGUCCGUGACAGAGCACAGGUAUUCCUUAAUGAUCUUUCUAUUGGAUUCCUGGACUACAAAAAUGUGGAAUUGAUGGUCCCAGACAUUACGGGUAAACAAAAUUUAAGCCUUUUGGUGGAAAACCGUGGUAGAGUGAACUAUGGCAUAAAAAUUGAUGAACAACGUAAAGGUCUUCUGGGAGAUAUCUUUCUCAAUAAGCAGCCUUUGAAGGACUUUAUAAUCUAUCCCCUAGAGAUGAAAACAAACUUUAUUGAGAGUUUCUCAGCUAUCAAACUGAAUCGUGUUCCGGAAAAACCUGUCCUUCCUGCCUUCUUCUAUGGCUCACUCUACUUGGAGUCAUUGCCCUAUGAUAGUUUUAUACAACUCAAGGGCUGGGAAAAAGGUGUGGUGUUUGUGAAUGGAUUGAACUUGGGCCGCUACUGGGAUAUAGGGCCACAAAAGACACUUUACUUGCCUGCUCCAUGGAUACAGCAUGGCAACAAUGAGAUUGUAAUAUUUGAAGAGAGUAAAGCUGGAAAAAUAAUUGAAUUUGUUGACCAGCCAGACCUUGGACAAAGUGUACAUGUGUGAAGACAAGCAAAAAUAUAUUUUUGGUAACUUCCUGACUUAUUUUAUAUUCUGAUGAAGGGGAGAAAAGUGUUACUGUGACUAAUCAGCACUACAUUUUAAAUAUUGAAAUUAAAUUUUCUUUGAAAUGUACUGGGUCAAAUUAUGGUUAAAUUGGUUAGAAAUAUAACAGAAUUGUCACCUUUUAAAGUAUUCACGUUAUUCUGAGUAAAUACGAAAAUUUUUGAUGUAUUUUGUAAUGUUACGUCAGAUUUUUAAUUGAGGAAUUAACUUGUUUGAAAUAAAUAUAUAAAUGUUUCAACUUAGGGUGGAACAUCAAGAAAUAUAAGACUUUUUUGUAUAGUAUUUGGUGAAAAUCAAUUUAAUAUGUUUGGGUAUAAUUAAUUUUACUGAACUUUUUAUUCACUGGAUACAAAUUUGUAAAGCAGGGUGAUUGCACUAAAAUUCUUUGUGGCUUUCUCAGGAAGCAUUGUGUAGCAAACUGUUUUUGUGCUAUACAGGAGCUAUCCUCACAUCUUAAACUUGUGAAUUAGUUGUGCACAGUGCCAUAGGGUCUUGUAGCAACUGGCAGGUAGAUAAUUAUUUUUGCUUGUUAACAAUGGUGUGAUUUUCUCCCUGUUGCUAUUAAGGGAACUCAACCAAGUCAUAAAGUAACAGUUGAGCUGCUUAUGAGCAGUAUAACUAGUCAAUAAAUCUAACCAUGUCACCAGUAGUUUACAGCCCACCUUGCACUACAUUGGUAGAUAUCAAAUAUGAGAGAGAUCAGAACUGUUUCACGUCUAGUUAAUUGUUCUUGGUUAGCUAACUCAGAAAGAAAAAAAAUCAUGUGAAUCCAGUAGUUGCAGCAUUCCCAGGAAAGCUCUUUAAUAUCAGGCUCUUCCCAGAAAACAAAAACCAGCAUUGAUCCCAAAGAUAUAAAGAGAAGUGACUGCAUUCAAACUGAUUGUAUAGUUAAGGACAGAAUCAAGCACGAGCAAUUCCUAUUAAGUUGAUUUAUUGAGGAGAAGCAUUGGAAAGUGAUGUAGAUUGCAGUGCAGUGAAGGGGCAUAACACACCAUGCUUACCAUCAUGAGAAAUGUCAAUGAAAUCAGCCUUAUCAAAAUUGCAAUUAGCUUUGUUUGUGACAGUGAUCUGAAGCCCUAUGCUUCAUUGAACUUCUCCUAACUGACCUCCAUACUCUCCAGAGAUCAGCAUCUUCCUUCAUUUAAAUGGUUUCUCGAUUACUUUAAAAGCUGCAUUUCUCACUAUCUCCACUACUGCAUUGAUAAGACAUACUGUUCUUUGAUCUCACCUUUCAUUUUCUUGGUAUUAUUUUUUCUUUCUAACGCUGUUAAUAUCCUUGCAGCUUUUAACGACUUAAGGGGGUUCACUAAAUGUUAUUUUACAUGCCUACCACCGGAAGAUAUUGGGUCCAUCAAAACAAGAUCCUGUAACAUUUGUAACUGCAAGUUCCAUAAUGUUCUUGAAGCGCUGUAACUAAUGGAAGAUUGUAAACUUGCACAAUUGAACAAAACACAGAUGUCAAAGGGAAUUAAAUCUCACUGAUUUCUUGUU